AUGCUCACCUCCAACUCCGUCGUCACACCUAAAACACGCACAGCCAUUGAUGAUAACAACUCUGAAACCACUAACGCUGACCUCGCUGAAGACACACCCGAAACCACCACCACCACCACAACAAACAUCAUCCAAGAUGAUCCUAUUGAAACCGCCACGAAUAUCGCAGAAGAGUUGUUGUCACGUGAAACGACCACACAUAUCUCAGAAGAGCCACAUGAAACGACCACAAAUAUCUCAGACGAGCCACAUGAAACGACCACAGAUAUCACAGAAGAGCCAGGUGAAACGACCACGAAUAUCUCAGAAGAGUCAACUGAAUCUGUCUCCCAAAGCCAUGACCAAAAGGACACUACUGUAUAUGGAGACAACCCUGGAAACCUCCCCGACGAUGCCAUUACAAAUGAGGGUGAAAACACCGUUAAUAGAGAAGUUUCCAUGGCAAACGAAGCUGCUGCAGCUUUGGACAAUGAUCAGAAAACUGAUAAGAGUGAGAAUGACGCUCACAUUCUUCAAGUAUCUGAAGGGGACCAAAAGGGUGAAGAAGAGAACAACAACAUGGCACAAGAUGAAAAAGAAAACCCAAAUGCAAAGCAAAAUGCAGAACCUGAGAAUGUGCAUACGAGUGAAAAUCAAGAAGAGAGCACGAGUGGCGAGCCAAGUUUUGAUGUGCAAGGAGGUAAGAACAAUGACGAUGAAGCGAAUGUGCAACAACUAAGGGAAGACAAAGGUGAGGUCAUGGAGAAAGAACAAAAAGAAAGGUUGCAAGACGAGGGUGGAGAAAAGGAGAAGGAUAGUAAUUUGAGGAAGGGGAGCAAAGUGUUGAAGAAGGAGUGGCCAACACAAGCGGGUGAGUCUCAGGUAGAGAAGAAGAGACAGAAGGAGGAAUUUGAUGGUGGUAGUGAGGAAGUGCAGUUGCAAGAUUUGAAUUGGAGGAUGUGCAAUGCUACAACUGGUGCUGAUUAUAUUCCUUGUUUGGAUAAUGAGAAGUAUUUGAAAACUUCGCAUAGAAAACACUUCGAACACAGAGAGAGGCACUGCCCUGAGGAUGCACCAACUUGCCUGGUAGCACUUCCCAAUGGUUACAAAACAACAAUCAAAUGGCCUGCCAGCAGAGAUAAGAUAUGGUUCCACAACAUACCACACACUCUGUUAGCAGACGUGAAGGGACACCAAAACUGGGUGAAGUUGAAGGGUGAAUUCUUGACCUUCCCAGGAGGGGGCACCCAGUUCAUUCAUGGUGCUCUGCACUACAUUGAUUUUCUUCAACAGGCUGAACCGAGUAUUGCAUGGGGAACGCACACUAGAGUGAUUUUAGACGUUGGGUGUGGGGUAGGAAGCUUGGGAGGUUUUCUAUUUGAAAGGGAUGUUAUUGCCAUGUCUUUUGCACCAAAAGAUGAGCAUGAAGCACAAGUGCAGUUUGCCCUUGAGAGAGGGAUACCAGCAAUGUCUGCCGUCAUGGGUACUCAAAGGUUGCAAUUCCCCAGCGACGUCUUUGAUCUUAUUCAUUGUGCACGUUGUCGAGUACCUUGGCAUGAAGAUGGUUGUGGCCUGUUGCUUUUGGAAUUGAAUCGUCUUCUUAGACCAGGGGGUUAUUUUGUGUGGUGUGCUACACCUGUGUAUCAAACCAUCGAAGAAGAUGCUGAAAUAUGGAAGCAAAUGACUGCAUUAACCAAGUCCAUGUGCUGGGAACUCGUAACCAUAAAAAAGGAUAAACUGAAUCAAGUUGGUGCAGCCUUCUACCGCAAACCCAUUUCCAACGAAUGUUACGAGAAAAGGGAGCAAAACCAACCUCCCAUGUGCAAACAUGACGAUGAUCCAAAUGCUGCAUGGUAUGUUCCUCUACAGGCGUGCAUACACAAGUUGCCUGUUAACAAUGAGAGAGGGACUAAAUGGCCUGAACCUUGGCCUAAGAGACUCCACAAAGUUCCACACUGGUUAGACACCUUGCAGGUUGGAAAACGAGGUUCUCAAGAGUUUGAAGCAGAUAAUGAGCGUUGGAAAAACGUUGUAGAUGAGCUUAGCAACAUCGGGGUGUCUUGGUCUAACGUCAGAAAUAUCAUGGACAUGCGAGCUAAUAGUGGAGGAUUUGCAGCAGCUCUGAAGGAUCUUCCUGUUUGGGUAUUUAAUGUGGUAAACAUAGAUGCUCUUGACACACUUCCUCUCAUCUAUGAAAGGGGUCUUAUUGGUAUAUACCAUGAUUGGUGUGAAUCCUUCAGUACCUAUCCACGAACUUACGAUCUACUGCAUGCAGAUCAUCUUUUCUCAAAUCUAAAGAAAAGGUGCAAUCUUGUUCCUGUCAUAGCAGAGGUUGACAGAAUACUAAGACCAGGAGGUAACUUGAUUGUCCGUGAUGAACCUAGUGUGAUUGGUGAAGUGGAGAAUUUGUUGAAAUCUCUCCAUUGGGAAAUAACCUCCACAAACCAAGAAGGGAUACUUAACGGCAAGAAAGGGAUGUGGCGACCUUCCUCUUAA